UGAAUGUUGAAAGGCAAUGAGUUCCUUCAAAAUACCAGAAAAACAGGCCAGUCGAGAUGAAGAACUUACAAGAGAUCAAGGAAACUCAAAGCUAUGGUACUCAUUCCGUGCAGGAAGAAUAACAGCAUCCAUGCUCAAGGCAGCAUGCCACUCUGACCCUAGAAUGCCAUCGAAGUCCUUGAUCAACACCAUAUGCUACCCCGAGGCAGUGAAGCUCUCCACUAAAGCCACUGAAUAUGGUCUUACACAUGAAACUGAAGUACUGUGCAAGUAUAAAGAUAACAUGGAACAAGGCCAUAGUGAUUUCAUCAUCCGUAAAUCAGGAUUUGUCAUUCACCCUGAAGUACCAUAUCUCGGUGCAUCCCCUGACAGCAUAGUCAGUUGCUCGUGUUGUGGACAUGGAUCUUCGGAAGUGAAGUGCCCAUUCAGUAAGACAGACAUGAUGAUACAGGAUGCCAUUAUCUCAGACGAUGGUUUCUGUCUUGAAAUUUCAGACAAUGGUCAUCCAAAAUUAAAGACAUCCCAUGCAUUUUACUAUCAGGUGCAGUUCCAAAUUUUCUGCACAAACACAGAGUACUGUGAUUUCGUUGUGUGGACUGGCAAAGACUUGCACUGGGAGCGAAUUUUACAAGAUCAAGAUUUCUUGGAGGUUUGCAUGCAGAGAGCACACAGUUUUCUCUUACUAGCAGUUUUGCCAGAACUCUUAGCAAGGUUCUAUUCUUCACCAGCAACUACUGCAGUAAGUGCACAGAAUGGAGAUACCAUGUGCUACUGCCAUAGUUCAAGGGAUACUGCAACCAAGGAGGUCAUGACCUGUAGCUACAAGAAGUGUCCAUAUGGCAUCUUCAACAAGAAGUGUUUGCGGUUCACCAGCUUGAAUCUCACUGAACAUCAACAAAAACUGAAAAACUGGUACUGUCCUCAUUGUGUCCAGCUUGGUGUUUCUAAAGGUGUUAAUGAGGAAUAAAAAUGUACCUUUCUUCAGUACUUCCUACUGUCAAUCAUCCAAAUGUGACCUGCUGUGGCAAAAUAUACCAUAUAAAAGAACAACUCAUUAGCUGUAUAAUACCAAAUAUCUUUCUGUAGCUUGUUUACUUCCAAAGAUAUGUCGGUAGAAAGUCGGUAGUGCGUUUCCAAACUUCCGUGACUUCAUUUGAGAAAAACAGCUUUGAAAAAAAAAGUUCUGCAUUGAGUGUUGUGCAUUGCUUCAUGUGCAAUGUGUACGUACGUACACGUGUGACACAACUUUGUUACAUUGUGAACAGUUCCUGUAGGCAUGAGCUGUAGGCACGAGCUCACAGAUUGGAUCGGUGAUUGCAAUACGUCAAAAUAUCUAAGAAACAAGACUUACAGUACAUGCUCUAUUGCCUAUUCCUCAUUUAGCAGGUCACAUAUCUGUUUCCAAUGUCAUGGAGCUGGCAAGCAGAGUACUUUGGGCACAAAAUCUUUGCUUAGCAAAAAAAAGGUUACCUCCUAUACGUGCACGAUAUUAUACAAAUAUUGACUGCUUCGAGUGGUGUAGUAAAACUAACCUCCUGAGGUGAUCCAUUAAGUAUUCUAUUUUUCUUCACCUCAGGGGAAAUAGAAUGCUCCAUG